AUGUCUAAGAACGCCUUUGUCCUCGUAAUGGAUUCCGCCGAGUACCAUUGCAUCAGAAAGGCGGAAAUAGAUGCCUCUUGUAACAAGAAUAUGCUGAUGCUGAUUUCGGCGACUCAAAUUAUUAUUGUCGUCCUUUUGGUAGUCGCUCUAACCACCGACGUAUUCAACUCGGAGAAAGCGCUGGGAAAAAAUCGAUCCGCCAGACAGGCCGAGGAAUUCAAGCCUCCGGCACAACGCAAUGUGCGUCCUUGCGACGAGACCUGCACGAAUGGAGGCGAUGUUGCGACUUGUUGCAGAUCGCACAGGCUGAAAGAUGGGGUCUGCAAUGAUAGCGACAGAGCCAUGUGCUGGUAGAAGCGGUGGCAAACAGACAGCAAAUAAAUUAAAUUAAUUAUUUACAGUAUUUGUUGACGAUUUUACUUCUUGAAAGUUUACUUUGAACGGUCGUUUUCUACGAAUAAAAAUAGUGUAGUAACAUGUGAAUUGAUUGAUAAUGAUAAAUGAAUUCAAGAAGUAAUUGCAAUGAGACUUUUCAACAAUCUCUACAAGCGAUUAAUAACGGCCCUGCAGAGAGUUAACUCCCUAUUAAAAAUCAGCACUUUCCACGAAUUGAUUGGCUUCAAAUCCUGCAGAAAGAACCCAUUCGGCAAUCAGAAAAACAUCAGCAUUACUCACGCCGUCACCUUCCUUUUCUCACCCGUUAUUUUGCAGGUUACACGCAGUAACCUGACUACUACUUUUUUGAUUCAAAAACUUUCUUACAUAUAAUAGUUAGUUUUGUCCAACAAUUUGAUGUUGAAGCCGGCAAAGCUGUCGUUUAUUUUGCAGUCUCAACAGAUUUUUAAACCUCUGCCGUCUUACUCGCCGGUGAACAAUUCAAGAUCACUGUCUCUGAAGAACAAGAAGUUUCUGUUUUUAAUUGUCUCGUUUCUUUUUCUUACAGUCCUUCUCGUUGUCGGUAUAAAAUUGGUCCUUUUCCCGAACUAACAAAGAAUCCGGAGAUAACACUUCCACAAUUCGACGUAAGGAGGAUUCAGGAGUUAGAGGAUAAUUUUUGAGGUGCCUACGUUGAGAUGCGGCCUAGAAUUUAAAAUUCGCGGCAACGCAGUUGAAAAAAGCUUGCGUCACGGCGGUUUUUGAAUUGCACAAUGCAAAAUAAUAUUAUAUAAUAGCUUCUUGCCUUCAAAGUAUAGUUCACAUAGCGCUUACUUUAUUUUAGAACCACAGUAAUGAACGCAUAAGUUUUUCAGCUCAAAAACUCAAGCCAACUCCACCGUCUCUUCAGCGCAACCACGACAAAAUUAGCUCUCGUCCACAAACACAGAAACCCAAAAAUCUGAAGCCUGUUGCGGCUUGUGAUGCGACUUGCACAAACCGCGGAGAUGUCGCAGCUUGUUGUCGCAAAUACCGGUGGAAAAACGGGAAGUGUAUUGUACAGCGACACAAGAACAGACCGACAGAGGUCCGAGCGAUUUGUUGGCGCGAUAGGACAAUGGCUAACAAAGGAGUUCUCUAACUGUGACGUGUAGAUUCUCUUGAAAAUAUAUAGUAAAAGUAAACAUCCAUCAAUUGACUGAUUCAUUUCGAACUCUGCAAUUAAAACCAUUUUUGGAAAACGCAAAAUCAAUUGUGACAGGUCUGCUUACUCAUCCUGUUUAUUACACUCUCUUCGCGUUACUUUGCACUUCCAAGAAGUAUUACUUUCCGAUUUUUAUUAAGUUCUUGUUGCUUACCCUCUGUUGGGAAGAACUGAUACCUUUUUUAACCGUUGUUUUCGAUCCCGUAUUUGCUAAAAUCUGAUGUCAAAGUCCGCGGAAGUGCCGUUUAUUGCACGUUCAACACAUAUUCCGCCAGCUUUAAGCCCACCGCCGCGUUAUUCACCAGGAAAAAACCCACGCUUUCUGUAUCUAUACAACAGGAAAUUUUUGGUCCUGAUUUCGCUGCUGUUAUUCCUAAUUGCAAUCACACUAAUCGUCGGUGUGACGUUGAUAUGUUUCUCUAGAAUUAAUGGAUCUAAGGAGCUCGAUAAAUCCAAGUCCGAUGUCUCCAAGGAACGGCCACAACAGCCCAAGCUGGGGGAGCCGUCUGAUGAGGACGUUAACACUCCUCACAAUUUAAGAGUUCCAGAGAAAAAUGAUGACGUUAACAGGCCAUUAAGUCAAAGGAUGGAGCCUCAGAAGCUGGGGCCGGCAGAAUCAGAAAAAGAAGAGAAAACAUCACACCAGAGAAAUUCUCAAGCGACUACUCCUCCUCAAGAAGUCGAUCGUGCAAAUGCGGAAGCGCCACAGGCAACGGAGGAAAUGAAAAACCAGGCCGACAAGAGACGGUUGAUUCUAAGAGUGGAGCCUCAAAAGCUGGAAGGGUCGCAGCAACAGAAGAAAGAGGCCACGCGUCCAACUCAGGUUCAUCUCUCGGCUCUAGAAGCUACGAUUCCACCUCAAGAAUCAAUGUCACAACAUGCAAAUCCUCUAGAAAAGGCUCAAGAAACAACCAAGCCAGUGAACCAACCACCUGAACGCACGAAGGCCACAGUGAAGCCGUUUAUUCCGCCCCGAGAACGCAAUAUAAUUCCAUGUGAUGAAACUUGCACUAACGGUGGAGCUGUAGCCACUUGUUGUCGAGCGCAUAGAAUGAGCGAUGGAAUCUGCGACGAAAGCAGUCGAGCCAUUUGUUGGAAGGACUAG